CAAAUUUUCAAGCAUAAUUUUAGAUGUUACUUUACUAAUAUACAUUAUUAUAUAUAUUUUUUUUAAUUAAAUAAAUGUAACUACAAAAAAUAUUUGAAUAAGAUAAGACUAGAUCGAUAAUGAGCCAGUGGAGCCAAAGAAGUUGAAGAACGAAAAGAACCUAAAAAGCCGGCGGAACUGGUGGCGCCAUAGGGACUAUCGGUACCAGUCCCUCUUCAAAACGGAACCAGUGGAGCCUGGGGAUAAUUGGCGGCUUUUUGUGUGAAAUUUUGCCGUCACCUGUGAUAAACAUGGAGAAUGCUCUGUUUACGAACGUGAAGAAACUCUACGAUCACCAGCUCUACGAAUGCGUAAUACCACCGGCCAGCCUGUUGAGCACCCUGCUCCAAAACGAUCGCAAUGUAGCCACUCUGGAGAUGGAGUACCAGGUGCAGCUUUACCUCGCCAACUCGCACUACAAGGAGCGACACUUUCGGAUAGCUGUCCGGCAACUGGAUGAUCUUCUGCAGCAGCGACGCACCAUGAUCCGCUACAAGAACGCCUGCCUGGUGGCCAUUGAGAGUGCCUAUGCUCAGUUUACGGAUGUGGAGCUGCGCCGGCGCCUUGCCGAAUGCUACAAGGAGAUCGGAGAAUUCUUCCAGGCCAUUGCCACGCUCACCGCCAUUCCAGUCAAGUCCAGGACACCCAGAGUUAACCUGAUGCUGGCGCGCCUGCAGCAUCGAGCCCGAGGAUCCAGCACUAUGGCUACAUCCAUAACUAGUUUGGGCUGUCGCAACAAGAAGGAGGCCACCCUGGCCUACAAGGAUCUUGUUCGCGAUUGCCCCAUGGCCCUGCAGGCUAUAGAAGCUCUGUUGGAGCUGGGCGUGGAUGGGAAUGAGGUUAACUCGCUGGUUAUGAGUGCUGCCACCACUCCCAACAACAUAGACUGGCUAAGCAACUGGAUCAAAGCUCUGGCCCAAAUGUACGACUGCAAGCACCUGGAGGCGGCUCGAACCUUUCAAUCCCUGAACGACACAACCACCCUGCGACGGAACGAGCACCUUCUGGUGGCCAUUGGCAAGUGCUACUACUACCACGGCAGCCUCUCCCAAGCGGCCCAGUAUCUCUCCACGGCGGUGGCAGGGAGUCCACAUAACCUGGAGGCCAUCGGACUGCUAUCCGUUGUGUAUGACAUUGGAAAAAUGGACGGAGCUGAACGGGAACGGGAACGGCUCUAUGUCCAGGUGGCCGCCGAACGGGAAUUCACCGCAGGACAUUGGUUCGUCCACGCCCAGCAGAUGCACUCGAUUGGCAAGUAUGAGCGUGGCCUGGACUUUGUGGAACGCUGUUUGGAUAUUGAAUCGCAUCAUGUGGAGGGAUUACUGCUACGUGGAAGAAUGCUCUCCUCUCUGGAACGCUCUACGGAGGCGGUGGAAGCCUUUCGUGUGGCCCAGACAGUGGCGCCGUAUCGGUUCGAGGUCUACAAGGGUCUCUUCCAUUGCUAUGUGAGUCUUCGGCGGAUUAGGGAGGCGGAGGCCAUGUGUACGUGGACUAUACGAAGCUUUCGCACUUCGCCAAGAAGCUAUACGAUGCUGGGACGCACUCUGUUUCAUUUCUCCGGCAAAGACGUCAAGACUAGUGCGCGCCGGUUUGCCGAAAAGGCGCUGGAGAUCGAUCCCAACUACACGCCCGGUGUGGCACUUCUGGCGGAGAUCUAUCAGGCGGAAGGAGACUCCAAAUCCGCCAUAAAGCUGCUGGAAAUGCAUCUGGAGCGGUCGCCGCGUGCCAAUCUGUUCAGUAUUCUUGGUGAUAUAAUGCGUUCUGAAAAGCAGUUUGUCAAGGCCUUGGAGUAUUAUUAUUUAGCAUUAGGAUUGGAUUCAAAAUAUCGGCAAGCCCUGCUGGGUAUUAGUGCCUUGAAGAGUUCCGGGAUUACCGGCAGCUCAUCCAACGAGGACAAGCGGUCCACUUCCAGUUCCAGUUUUGCGGAUAACCCGGCGCCCAGUGCAAGGCAGGCUACACCCUGCCGCACCCCCGAUUUUGUCCUUAGCGACAGCGAUAUAUCACAGAUCCUCGGAGAUCCAGCCUCCUCACCGGCACGGAGUCAGCAUGGCGAUGCCACGGGUGAUCCUGAGGUGGAUGUCGAUGCCAUUGUUGAGGGGCUUGCGGAAGGUGAAGUCGAAGGCUCGGACACGAUGACGGAAACCUUGUGGCACGACGUCGAUUCCGAAAUGAACAACUAAUGUCAUCGUUUUGGCUCCUUAUUUAUUGUAUCCUUGUUAUUAGAUCUUGCCAUUUAAAUAUACAAGUUGUAGAUUUAGAUUUA